AUGUCUGGAGCAUCAUAUCUGGUUACAUUCUUCAAUCGAAUACAGCGAUUGCAAGAAGUAGGAAUCCGACCUGUUGUUGUUUUCGACAUGAUUACUCCUGAAUUCCAUAGUUAUUCGAGUAGUAGUAAUUUGCAUAUAAAGAAGUCGAAACGUAGUGGUGGUAACGGGUGGACUCUUGAUGCGCAUAACGAGUUGAAGAAACGGGUCUAUAAUGCGGAGCAACUUCUUAAUAAUAUGGGUGUACCUGUUGUUAUGGGUAGUUCUGAUGGAGAGGCACAGUGUGCUCAGUUGGAGCAAGCUGGCCUCGUAGACGGCUGUAUUACUUCAGACUUUGACUUCUUUCUUUAUGGCGGGAGGAAUCUGUUCAAGGUCGAUUUCAAAAAUGGUGGAAGAAGCCUCGAUAGUUUUGUCAAUCUUUUCUCCAUGGACAAAUUCGAAAGCACCCAGUGUCUAACGAGAAACCGUCUAGUAGCGUUGGCCCUUCUGCUUGGUUGUGACUAUCUUCAAGGAGGUGUGAAUCGAGUAGGAGUCGUUACUGCUAGAGAAAUAAUUUCGGAAUUCUCCAUCAAUGAUGAUGAUCAUGCACUUACAAUUCUUGAUCGAUUUGGAAGUUAUUUUCGAGGAGAGAUUCCAAUACGCCCAAGUGACAGCAAUAUCAAGAAGAAGCUUAGGAAAUCCAAAAUCGUCCUACCCGAGGGUUUCCCCAAUUCCGACAUAUUCAUUGAAGCCACAUCGAUAUAUCUUUGUCCUGAAGUGAAAGAAAAGAGGGAAUUACCUGCUGUUCCGCAGCGAAAUAUGGCUAAAGUAGAAAGCAUUUUGAUGCGAGAAUGUGGAUGGACUUCAAAACGAUUUUCGCAAGAAAUUGGCCGAAGUAGACGAAGAAAUCAGAAGAUCAAGAGCAUACAGUCACAUAAACUCACGGAGUUCUUCCCGACAGUCCGUCAACCAAUUUCCAAUUAUGCUUUUAAAAGCGACGUGCUUGCACAGAAGCACAGCCGGCGAGAAUGGGCUGCACUGCAGCGACUACGAGUGAAUGCCAGACUCUACGAUAAGACAGAAGUUACUCCCGAUGACCCUAAAACAUGUACCAAGCCAAACGACAUUCGACGGCGACCUCCGAAAAGGAGGCUUGCCGAAGGGCUCACUUAG